AUGGAACCGCCUCGGUUUACACUGAGAGGAGUCCCGACUACCGACGACGUACUGACCCAACAUACACCCAAAGGACGACAAACGCUAACCAUGAAAAGCCAGAAUGCGUCCCUGCUCCCCUACACCCUAGAAUGGCCACAAAACUACACUAAACUACAAGCGACACAGUCCGAGCCCAUACUAUACUGA